AUGUGUUUGGCGGGAAAUGGAUUUCAAACAGAAGAAGGCUGGGCGUCGAGAAUUAGGGUUCUUGGGCGGGCCAAGAAUCUCGCCCAGCUGCGCCAGAUCCAUGGCGCGAUCACCGCGAGCGAGCACAGGCACAGCAGGUACUUGGCCAAUCUCAUCAUCGACGCGUAUGGGAAAUGCGGUAGCGUGGAGGAGGCCCUUGCGGCGUUCCAAGGGAUCGGCAGUCCCAAUCUGUUCUCCUGGAACACGAUGAUCGCCGUGUUCUCGGAGAAUUUCCUGGCAGUUGAAGCCGAGGGGAUCUUCUGCGGCAUGCCGCUGCGGAAUCUAGUCGCUUGGAAUUCGCUGUUGCUGGGGUUUGCCCUCCAGAGGCGAUUGGAUCGAGCUCGUGGGGUCUUUGAUUCAAUGCCCGAGAGAGACGUCGUCUCUUGGAACACGAUGAUACAAGCUUAUGCUAGUGACCGUGAUAUCGGCAAAGCGACGGAGAUUUUUCUGGCCAUGCCCGAUCCCGACAUUGUCUCAUGGACGUGUAUGGUUGGAGUUUAUGCCCAGAAUGGAGAUCUAGAACACGCUAAGGUACUCUUUCAUCAAAUGCCUCAAAGGAAUGUGGUUUCUUACAAUGCUCUUCUUCCAGCUUUCUCUCAGAGCUUUCAAGUUUACGAAGCAAAGAGGAUGUUUGACUCCAUGCCAGAGCACAGUGCGUUUUCUUGGAAUGCGCUGAUGCUCAUCUGUGCUCGUCAUGGACUUCUCGGAGAAGUGGCUUACAUCCGAAAGGGAUUGAUCCGAGAGGCAAAGGCUGUGUUCUACCGAAUGCGUCUGUGCAAUGCGGUGUCAUGCACCGCGAUGAUUUUAGCCUGCGGUCUUAACGGAGAGAUGGAGGAGGCCACAAAAGUAUUUCAAGGUAUGGUGGAGCGAGACGUAGUGGCUUGGAACACGAUGAUCCAAGGUUUCCUGGAGAACCAUCUAUGGACAGAAGCUAAAGCUCUCUUUGACGAGAUGCCUCACAAGGACGUGACUUCUUGGACGAGCAUGGUUUCGGCAUUUGGUCGCCAGGGAAUGGUGGAAGAAGCAAGGAAGAUGUUUGAAGCAAUGCCAAAGUACGACGUGGUGUCCUGGAACGCUAUGAUCCAAGCUUACGUUGAUGCCGGGAGAUUGGAAGAGGCUAGAGCCAUCAUGGACAGAAGUAUGCCUGCGACGAACGAGUUUAUAGAACCAUGGACAGUUUUGAUGGUCGGGUAUGCUCGAGCAGGCCAAGCCGAAGAAGCCAGAGAAGUUUUCACGAGAAUGCCGGGGAAGAAUGCUGCUGCAUGGACUGUCAUGCUGGCUACUCAAGUCUCACAGGGAAAUGGUGGCGACAAGUUACUUGAGUCCAGGAAAGUUUUCGACGAGAUGCCGGAAAGGAGCCUCGUGUCCUGGAACCUCAUGCUGGGAGCUUGCUUUCAAGCUCGCGAACUCGAGCAAGCCAAGGUGGUGUUUGAAACAAUGCCCGAGAGAGACGAGAUAUCCUGGAACACAAUGCUGGCUGGCUACGGUGUUCAUCACGGGAAACUUUUGGAGGCCCAGGAGAUUUUCUACACGAUGCCAGCUCGCAGCAUUGUCUCCUGGAACUCACUGCUCGGAUCUGUCACUGGAAACGGCAACUUAGAAGCGGCAGCGCGGUUCUUCAAGCGUUUUCCCGAGAAGAACGUCGUCUCCUACAACACCAUGAUCGCGGGGAAUGCUCAGGCCGGAGAGCUAAGCUCUUGCUUCGAUCUGGUGGCGAGCAUGGCAAUCGAGGGACUCACUCCGGACGAGCAAUCCUUCUCCAGUGUUCUCGCUGCGUCCAGCCAUGGCGGAAAGCUAGAACAGGGACUCCGCCACUUCGUGCUCAUGAGCGGCGACUUUGGAAUCACAGCUUUGAGGGAGCACUACGAUUCAGUCACAGACAUCCUGGGACGGGCCGGGAACCUGGAACUCGCUCGCGAGGUCGUCCAAGCCAUGCCAUUUCUCCCGGAUCUUCUGGCUUGGGGAUCGCUACUCGGUGGCUACCAGAUGCAAAGUGGCCAAGGCCUCACGCAACGAGCAGCCAGGAGCGUUUUCGAGCUGGGCUUGGGGCGAGCAAACAACCAUACCAAGUGGUAGACAAAUUCACGUUAUAUCAUUGUAUGAUCCGUAUGAUCAAACUACACCCUGGUUUACAUUUA